UGCCUACGAUGCCAAACAUGUAAUUCACAUCCUGGGGGCCAAGAACAGAGAAAUGAGGCCGCUAAAAGGAAAACCUCCAGCAAAGCUCCCCCCUGCCCUCCCCCGCCGCUCUCCCGUUUCCAAGACAACGCCUCGGCCCCGUCGGCUGCCGUAGGAGCCUUUCAAUCAGGAAGGUCCAGCACACCUGUGUUUUCAGGGCCUGGGCGACGACUUUAGCACCAGACACCAGCGUCUCGCGUCCGUCGCUGCUUUCUGCCAAGUUACUUUCCGACAUCUUCCACCUGAAGUUCGAGGCCCUCUCGCAGUGGACAGCAGGCUGACGCGAAGUCACCCAGCCAAACCAACGCCGGAGACACCAACCGUGGGGCCGCUUCUCUGAGUGAGGAGGAGGGCGACCCACCGCUUUAAACGGCGGAGAGGAGGAGGCGGGGCUGAAACCAGCCCGCUCGGGGUGAGGUGAGAUGUAAACACACUCACUCUCCUGCCACAACCUGGCCCUUUCCCCGGGCCCUCCAUUCGCGGCCGGCAGAGUGUCAGGAGGAGGCGGGACUAGCUGGAGGCGGAGGCCUGUGCCGAGCAGAUUGAUGGUCUGCAUUAUGUCUGGAGCCGGCCGUCAGCUCGCUCUUCUCCUCUGCGGCUGCUGCGUGGCUGCCCUGGGGGCCCAGGCCGAGGAGCGCUGCCCGGCUGAGCGUAACCAGGCUGCCCAGUACGUGGCUGCCGUGUACGAGCACCGGUCCAUCCUGAGCCCGAACCCGCUGGCCCUCACCAGCCGCAAGCAGGCCUUGGAGCUCAUGAACCAGAACCUCGACAUCUAUGAACAGCAAGUGACGAUCGCAGCCCAAAAGGGUGUACAGAUUAUAGUGUUUCCAGAAGAUGGCAUCCAUGGAUUCAACUUCACAAGAACAUCCAUUUACCCGUUUUUGGACUUUCUGCCUCCUCCCUACUUGGUCAGGUGGAACCCAUGCCUGGAGCCCCACCGAUUCCAUGACACGGAAGUCCUCCAGCGCCUGAGUUGUAUGGCUGUCAAGGGAGAGAUGUUCCUGGUGGCCAAUCUUGGGACAAAGCAGCCUUGUCAUAGCAGUGACCCAGGGUGCCCAAAUGAUGGCAGAUACCAGUAUAACACGAACGUGGUGUUCAGCAGUAAUGGAACCCUGGUUGACAGCUACCGCAAACAAAACCUCUACUUUGAAGCAGCGUUCAAUACCCCCCUGGAAGUGGAUCGCAUCACCUUUGAUACCCCCUUUGCUGGCAAGUUUGGCAUCUUCACUUGCUUUGACAUAUUGUUCUUCGACCCUGCUGUCAGGCUCCUCAGAGACUCGGAGGUGAAGCAUGUCGUGUAUCCGACCGCCUGGAUGAACCAGCUCCCCCUCUUGGCAGCCAUUCAGAUUCAGAGGGGUUUCUCCAUCGCCUUCGGCGUCAACUUUCUGGCUGCGAACAUCCACCAUCCAUCUCUGGGGAUGACGGGAAGUGGCAUACACGCCCCUCUGAAGUCCUUUUGGCACCAUGACAUGGAAAGCCCUGAAGAUCACCUUAUAAUUGCCCAGGUAGCCAAAAAUCCACAGGGUCUCGUUGGCACAGGGAAUGCCACAGGGAAAAUGGACCCAUCCCACAGUAAGUUUUUAAAAAUCUUGGCAGGGGAUCCGUACUCUGAGAAGGAUGCUCAGGAUGUCCACUGUGAUGGAGCCCCCAAAUGGAACACGGAUGCCCCUCCCACGUUUCACUCUGAGAUGAUGUAUGACAAUUUCACCCUGGUUCCCGUGUGGGGCAAGGAAGGCUACCUCCAAGUCUGUGCAAAUAGCCUUUGCUGUCAUUUGCUUUACCAGAGGCCCACUCUGUCCAAGGAGCUGUAUGCCCUGGGGGUCUUUGACGGCCUUCACACUGUGCACGGCACUUACUACGUUCAAGUCUGUGCCCUGGUCAAGUGUGGUGGUCUUGGCUUUGAAACCUGUGGGCAGGAGGUUACAGAGGCUGCGGGGAUAUUUGAGUUUCACCUGUGGGGGAACUUCAGUACCUCCUAUAUCUUUCCAAUGCUUCUGACCUCAGGGAUGACCCUGGAAACCCCUGACCAGCUGGGCUGGGAGAAUGAUCACUAUUUCCUGAGGAAGAGCGAACUGUCCUCCGGCCUGGUGACGGCAGCUCUCUACGGGCGGUUGUAUGAGAAGGACUAGGGGGUGUGGGGUGGGCUCCUCCUGCACUGGCAGAGGCCAAAACUCACAGCACCGGGACCACUUCUUCGCUCCAGAGCCCAUCCUGGGAGCCAUGGGAAGAGGUAGGGAGACAGAUUUCGCCAGUGUCUUUUCCUCUUAAGCACAAAUUCGUGAGACAUUUUCUGGUAUUUUCUACUCACAUUUCUAUUAUUCAAGCCACGUCUUCUUCCAGCAGAUCUUCCAUUACACAGUUGUUUUAAGAGCACAAAAAUAAAUGUCAGUUUAUAUUUUACAUGUCCACAAAACAGCAGGUUUUGUGUGUGUUCUUGCUGUUGAUCAAGUGACACCCAGGAUAUACAGGUAUUUCAGAAGCCUCAAACAUUUUCUAGGGUAAGAAACAAACUCUCAAAGCAAAAGCCGUGUUAGAAAUGGCUGCCAUGGGGACUUUUCCAUUCUGGUUGGCCAGAAUUCAUCCCCCAGGACUGAUCAUGCCAGAGCCGCCAGCAGCAUCAGCAAUGUGGAUCCUGAGGCAGCUUUUAAAAAUAGAAGGGAAGCUUUUCUCACACAUGCCUUUCUGUCAGUGAUUGGAAUGUGUCAGGCAGGACUCAGAAUAACUGGAAAGAAAGAGUGCAGUGCGCCGGAGAGAGAGGCUGGAAAAAAGUGCUGAAGAGAGGGCAGCGAUGGGAACAGAUGAGUCAUAGGGUUCUUGUGCACAGCUUGUCUCAUCCAGGGAUUCCAGGCACCUUAAUAAAUCACGCUAGCUCUGGGCAAGAGCCUUCCGGCUGCCCAACUGUGCAGGGUGGAACAAUGCUGGGAAUUCAUUCCCAGUCCGCUGGCAGGGCCUUCUCUUUGCAGACGGGUUGCAGGAACGGUGUGGGGUUUGGCCCGCUUAGUCUUUAUUCAGUCACUCAACAGGUGUCUUUGGAAAGCCCACCAGGGACAAAGCGAGGACCUCCCAAAAUAUGAACUGCACGUGCAAAAUCAUAUUCAGUGUGUGAAGACAUUCUUUAGGCCACUGGUCUGUAUUAUUUGUAUCCAACAUUUCAAAGUCACUUUGACUCUAUGCCUAGUAACUGUUUCAGAUCAUUUUUAAGGUGAAAAUCUGCAGCUUUUAAAGAAAAUGGAGAGUUAGCUUUCCAUGAUUUGCCUCUUCAAUGUGUGGCUAUAUUUAGUUUCAUCUCCUUUAUAAAUCAGGUUUUUAAAAACAGUAUUUGCAUAUAUCUAUACAUAAUUACAUGAAGUAAAAAAUGAAAUUCUUUCCCCAUUCCCCCCACAGUGUGGCUUUCCAGACCCCUUCCUGGCUUUUAGGCAGGAUACUAAAGAGCAUAGAUCCUAGGGUCAGACUGACCAGCUUUACUUUCUUGGCCUCCCUGUUUGCUCUUCACUAUGUAGACCUCGACUGUUUAUUUGAACCUUGGCUGUGCCCCAGUUUUCUCAUUUGUGGGAUGUGUAUUGAAUCAUCCAUGUGGGAAAGAAGCAAAGACCCGCUGACUCACUGCCCGCUUGCAAAGGCCUAGAAUGAGUCAGGCAGGCCUUCAGGGAAUUUGCAGGAACAGCUCAGGAUUCCUGAGGAAACCCAGGAGGUCCCCCCGGAACGGGACGGGGACCUCUCCCACCAGAUGCUGGCGCAGACCCGGGAGGGGCGAGCUGGAGGGGGCACACAGCUCCGGAUGUGGCCGCCCCUGCUCCAGGGAAACAGAAAUCAUCUCAGAAAUGCAUAUUGUUGCUUCCUGCCAAGAUGAUUCAAAUCAUCCAGAGAGAGGCAGAGGCCAGGCCCAAAUACAGGCUUGGUGGAGCUGCUUCACCCAGCACACAUUUCUGAAGCACCUGCUGGAUGCACAUUUUGCUCUUCUGAGCAGAGUACUGAAAGCUUUCCCCAAGUUACUAUCUACUGACAAUUUAGAACUAACUAACUGCUCAUGAAGUAGAAAUGAGGGGGACAAGAAAUUAUGAUUUUUUACGAUAAAAAGUAGUUGCCAGAUGGCAGAACAAAGUGGAGGGUAGGGGGGAAAUGAAUAAAAUAAAUCAUUUUCAGGGAAAAAAAAGGCACAUAUGACUCACGGUUGUGAUACGCUUCUGUCAGCUGUGAUCCUGAAACUCAGGAAGCAGAUGGCGAUCUUGACCAUAACACAGGGGCAGACACCCAGUGUAUUUUUGGUGGAAUGAGGCCUGGGGGAAGCGACUGUCCAUGUGGUUUCUCCUGGGGGUGCAGCUGCGCCUCUCUGUGGUCUUCUGCGCAGAGGGAGGGAGACAACGAUGGGCUUAAAAAGUCCUGUUCUUAGAGAAGGUAAAGCCACGGCCUGCUGGCAGCCUGUCCGCCCCAGUGCCCACCAUGGGCUCUCGAGAGGAGGGCCUGCCCACAGCCCUGCUGAGGGAAACCCACCUGGGCCAGUGCUGACCCACAGGCGGCCGGCUCAGUGCCCUCACCCCCAAAAGAAACCCUGUACCCACGAGCAGUCAUGUCCAUUCUCCCUCCCCCACAUCCCAUGGCAACUACUAAUACACUAUCUCUGCGGAUUUGCCCAUUCUGAACAUUUUAUAUAAAUGGAAUCAUACACUAUGUGGCCUUUCGUUCCUGCCUUCUUCCACUUAGUGUAAUGUUCUCAAGGUUUAUCCUUGUGUAGUAUGUAUAAGUUCUCCCUUCUUAUGGUUGAAUAGUAUUUCAUUGUAUAGAUAUACCACAUUUGUUUAUCCAUUAAGUUAGUGGACUUUGCGUUGUUUCCACUUUUUGGCUAUUAGGAAUAAUGCUGCCAUGAAUAUUCAUGUACAAGUUUAUAUGUGAAUAUACAUUUUCCAAUUCCUUGGGUAUAUAUCUAGGAGUGUAAUUGCUGGGUCAUACCAGUCAAUGUUUAAUUAUUUGAGGAACUGUCAGACAGACUGUUUUCCAAAGGGGCUGCAUCAUUUUGCAUCCCUAUUAGCAAUGUAUAAGUUUCUCCACAUCCUUGCUAAUGCUUGUUAUUGUCUGUUUGUUAAAAUCACAGCCAUCUCAGUGGUUGUGGUUUCUCAUCGUGGUUGUGAUUUCAUUGCCCUAGUUGCUAAUAAUGCUGAACAUCUUUCCAAGUGCUUAUUGGCCACCCAUAUAUCUUCUUUGAAGAAAUUAUUAAACUCUUACACCCAUUUAAAAAAUUGGAUUGUCUUUUUAUUAUUUAGUUGUAAGAGUUCUUUGUCUAUUUUGGAUAUUAGACCCUUAUCAGAUAAGUGAUCUGCAAAUAUUUUCUCCAUUUGUUGGUUGUCUUUUCACUUUUUGAUACCGUUUUUUGGUACACAAAAGUUUUUAAUUUUGUGAUGAAAUUUUUAAUUUUAAGAUGAAGUUGAAUUUAUCUUCUUUCUUUGGUUGCUUGUGCUUUAGGUGUCAUACCUAAUUAAAGGUCAUAGGCUUACAGCUAUGUUUUCCUCUAAGAGUUUUAUUGUUUGAGCUCUUACGCUUAGAUCUACGGUCCACUGAAGUUAAUUUUUCUGUGUUGUGAGAUAGGCGUGCAAAUUCAUUCUUUUGCAAGUGAGCAUCUAGCUGUCCCAGCGCCAUCUGUUGAAAGACAUUAUUCUUUCCCCAUGGUAUUGUCUUGGUGACCUUACUGAAAUCUAUUGACCAUAGAUAUACAGGUUUAUCUCUAGACUAAAUUUUAUUCCAUUGACCUGUAUGUAUGUCCUAAAGCAAGUACCACACUUGUCCUUAUUACAGUAGCAUUGUAGUAAGUUUUUAAAUUGGGAAGCGUUGAGUCCUCUUUGUUCUUUAUCAAAAUUGUUUUGGCUAUUUUGGGUCCUUUGCAGUUCCAUAUGAACUUUUUAGGGUCACUUGGUCAAUUUCUGUCAAAAAAAUCAGUGGAAUUUUGAUAGGUAUUGCAUUAAAUCUGGAGAUUAAUUUGGGGAAUGCCAUUUUAAUAAUAUUAAAUCUUCCAGUUCAUGAACACAGGAUGUCUUCCCAUUUAGUUUUGUCAUUUUUAGUGUACAAAUUUUUAUAUUCCUUUUAUUUUUAUUCCCAGGUAUUUUUUGGAUGCUAUUAUAAAUGGAAUUGUUUUCUUAAUUUCAUUUUUGGAUUGUUAAUUGCAAGUGUAUAAAAAUAGAGUUGGUUUUUUAUAUUGAUCUUGUGUCCGGUAAACUUGCUGAACUUAUCAGCACUAAUAAUGUACUGGUGGAGUUUUUAGGAUUUUCUAUAUACCAGAUCAUGUCAUCUACAAAUAGAUUAACUUCUUUUUAUAUGAAUGCCUUUUUUUUUGCCCCCUUCCUAAUUGUUCUGGCUAGAACCUCUAGUACAGUGUUGAGUAGAUGUGGUGAGAGUGGACAUUCUUGCCUCAUUUCUGAUCUUAGGGGAAAAGCUUUCGGUCGUUCAUCAUUAAGUAUGAUGUUAGCUGUGGGCUUUUCAUAGAUGAAGAAGUUUCCUUCUACUCCUAGUGUUUAGUGAUUUUAUCAUGAAAGGGUUUCAAAUUCUUUUUCUCCAUUAAUAGUGAUAAUCAAGUGUUUACCCCCUUUAUUAUACAGUGUAUUACACUGGCUUAUUUUUUUUAACAUUGGCUUAUUUUUAUUUGUUGAAAAUAUCUUGCAUUCCUGGGAUAAAUCCCACUUGGUCAUGAUAUAUACUACUUUUUAAGCAUUGAUAGAUUUGGGUUGAUAGUAUUUUUUUGAUGACUUUUGCAUCUGUAUUCAUAAGGGAUAUUCAUGGUGUAUAUGACUUUCUAGAUGGUGACAGAUUUGGUUCAAUAUUAUUUUGUUGAUAAUUUUUGCAUCUACAUUCAUAAAGGAUAUUGGGUCUGUAGUGUUCUUUUCUUGAGAUGACUUUGUCUGGUUUUGGUAUGAGGUUAAUACUUCACAGAGUGAGUUGGGAAGUGUUUUCCCCCUCUUCAGUUUUUUAAGAGUUUGUGAAAGACUGGUGUUAAUUCUUCAAAUGUUUUGUAGAAUCCACCAGUGAAGUCACCUGGUCCUGAGCUUUGCUUUCUGGGGAGUUUUUUUUAUUACAAAUUCAAUGUCUUUACGUGUUAUAGGCCUACUCAUAUUUUCUAUUUCUUCUUGAAACAGUUUUGAUAGUUUAUCUUUCUAGGAAUUUGUUCAUUUCAUCUGGGUUAGCAGAUCUGUUGGUAUGUAAUUAUUCAUAGUACUCGAAUAAAUUUUUUAUUUCUGUGA